AACUGUGUGGAGCAGCUUUUUGACGAUGAUAAAGUCAACGUAUCCAAGAAUGGAGCCUUUGCUGAAGAGUUUGCCAUCAGCAUCAGAGACUGGGUGAUGGAACUGGAUGGCAGGAUAGGCGAGUCCAAUGAGACUGACCACAGAUACAAGUAUGUGGGUGCCAUUGGGUUGUUUGUCCUACAUUUUCAAAUUUUCCGUGUGCUGGACAAGAGAAUCUUCAGACUUCUUUGGGAUGUCUACAAGAAGAUUCCGUGUGUUCACCUCAUUGGGAAUGUGCUGUUUUUUCCCAAUGAGUUUAUCAUAGUCAGACUGCCCAAUGUCCAGCAGCUGCUUGACCGUAAGUCCCAGAUAGCAGUUCAGCAACAGAACCAGGCUUGGCUGGCCACUAAAACCCAGAGUUUGAGCAGAGAUGUUCAGGUGUACAGUGCAACUGUUGCCGCUUGGAUGGUCAGGAUGGAGUCGAACAUGGAGAGGGGUACAACUUUGAUGGAAGAUCUCAGUGCCAGAUGUAUUCUCUUUAUCCAAGGUCUUCUCUAUGCCUACAGCAUCAGUCACCAGGUGAGGGGUGUGAUGAACUUACACGUGGCCCUCAGCAAGCCCAUGACCAAGGCUGCUGUACUGUCUGUGUGCCGCCUCCUGGAGCUGUUGAAGGCCAUUGAAUUCACAUUCCAUAGACGGACCAUGUUGGUGACGGAAUCCAUCAACCACAUCAUUCAACACUUGUGCUUCAAGGCUCUCAGCUGCAUCUCUACCGCCAAGAAACGGAUCAUGUCAGACAAGCGCUACAGUGAGCGGAGACUGGAUGUGUUGUCUGCCCUGGUGUUGGCUGAGUUGUCUCUGCAUGGACCAGCAACCAAGGAAAGACUGCUGAUUGUGAAGCUGGCUAUGUCUGUGGGAACCAAGAUGAAAGCCUUCAAGGAGGAUGAGCUGCAGAUCAUUGAGGAUACACUGAAGAAGCUGGAAGUCAUCAGUCAGUUAAGAUCAAAGGUUCGCCAGGCCUGUGACUGCAGUUUUCUUUAUUGGCAUAGAGUUAUCUUCCCUUUGUAUUUGGACGACCUCUGUGAAAAUGUCACAGACACACACAGAAUCCAUUACAUGGUUGCAGCCUUGAGAGACUGUGUGCCACAGAUGUAUGCAGUCAGACACCUGGAAUCCAGCCAGCAGCUCAUGGCCGCCUUUGAUCAGGAAAUAUCCAAGAAUUUCACGGAUCAUCUUUUGGAGCCACUGUGUCGAGCCAUUGAGACAGAUCUGCGCCUUCACAUCCACCUCCACCUGCAGCUGGACGAUCGCAACCCUUUUAAAGUUGGCAUGCGUGACCUGUCCCACUUAUUGAAGGUCAAACCUGUCCGUUUCUUUGAUCGGGCAAUCAAUUUUAAAGCUCAUGUGGAACAUUACCUCAAUCGAACAUUUUACAAUCUAACAACCGUGGCACUGCAUGACUGGAAAACUUACGGGGAGAUGAAAAAUAUGGCUGAACAGAAGUACGGCCUGACACUGAUGGAGUCACACCUUCCUAGUCAGACGCUAGAACAGGGUCUGGAUGUGCUAGAGAUCAUGAGGAACAUCCAUGUCUUUGUUUCAAAGUUCCUCUACAAUCUCAAUAAUCAGAUCUUUGUGGAGAGAACCAGCAACAACAAACACCUCAACACAAUAAACAUCAGGCACGUGGCUAACUCCAUCAGGACCCACGGCAUUGGUAUUAUGAACACCACGGUCAACUUCACCUUCCAGUUUUUGAGGAAAAAGUUUUUCAUAUUUUCCCAAUUCAUGUAUGAUGAACAUAUUAAGUCCAGACUGAUCAAGGACUGGAAGUUUUUCCGAGAGAAUCACCUGCAGACUGACCAGAAGAGAAGUAAAUUGGUGGGAUACAGUCUUAAAGCUGUAAGAGAUAUAGGACUCACAAAUAAAGAAGUGAAACACAUAAAUAAAGCAGUAAGAGCUGUUGGAUACAUAAGCAAUGCCAUGGGUUACGUAAGAAUGAUUCGCUCUGGAGGUCUCCACUGUUGCAGCAACGCCAUUCGUUUCAUCCCUGACCUUGAGGAUAUCAUCAACUUUGAGGAGGCCUGCAAGGAAGAAAAUCUCUCAUCUGAAACUCAGACUGCAGCCAAAAACCUGGAUAAUGUCAUCAACAACUUGGCUAAAAACUUUGCAGAAGGAACUGAGUAUUUUAAGAUGUUGGUUGAUGUCUUUGCCCCGGAGUUUCGCAACAGCAAGAACAUGCAUCUGAGGAAUUUCUUUGUCAUCUUGCCACCACUUACUAUCAACUUUGUGGAACACUCCAUCAGCUGCAAGGAAAAGAUGAACAGAAAAAACAAAGUUGGAGCAGCUUUCACAGAUGAUGGUUUUGCCAUGGGCUUGGCCUAUAUUCUCAAGCUCCUGGACCAAUACUACGAGUUUGACUCACUUCACUGGUUCCAGUCAGUCCGGGACAAGUACAGCAAAGAGAAGGAACAUGUAGCUAAACAAGCAGGCAGCAGAGAUGAGAAGUUACAACAGACCACAUCUUUGACAUUGAGACGCUUGGACCAGUAUUUACAGGAGUAUGAGCUGCUAUUCUAUUCACUGAGCAGUGCCAGGAUUUUUUUUAGAGCAGACUUGACAGCAGCAGAGGAAGAGAAGGACAGUGCUAAAGACAGGGGUGAGUUGUGU